AUGUCAAAUUCAUCGAGAUCUAGCUUGCUUUCUGAGUCUUCGAUCGAGACAAACUCAUCGAUUUCUUUAUCGGAAUUCAUGACGGCAAAUUCGGACGAAUCUAAUUCGGAAAUUUUGCCGUUUGCCGAUAAUAUUGAACCGCUUGCUUCGACCGAUGAAAUUGCGGAGUACGAAGCUGCAGUCGCGAAAGAACGGCAGGUUGAGGACAUGCUGCAAGAUCGUUUUGAUGCCCGUGUUGAUGUUACUUCAUGGUGUGAAUGUGGCCAUUGUUCGUUGGAUCUUGUUGUCAACCCUCAAGAGUGCCGAUGCUGCAUGGAAUUAGAGCAAUGCCGUGGUAAAAUGUAUCAGUUCGAAGUCGAUGAAAGGACAUGCAUUUUGGAUCACCCUGGCUUUAACGAAGUUUGCCUGAACGAAUUUGUUCUUCAAGCAGCUUCGUUAGGUUUAAAGACCAAGGUCAUCGCAUGAUACAGACACUUCAUUUUGUAUUUCCUUUAAAACCUUAGUAUAAAUGUAUAUUAUAUAUUGAAAGUUUG